AAAUCAUAAACAUAACAAACAAGUGUAUAUACAACUUCAUAGAGUCUCUAUAUAGUAAUUAUACAAAAAAUGGCUUCAACUAGCUUCCUGCUUCUUCAUGUGUUAGUCAUGUUUUCGCUAGCAAAUAUAGUUUUUUCGGAUUUGUCAGAUGAUUUCUAUGAUGAUAUUUGUCCCCAAGCUUUACCAACCAUUAAACGGGUUGUUGAGGAUGCAAUCAGCCAAGAAAGGCGAAUGGGUGCCUCUUUGCUACGAUUACAUUUUCAUGAUUGUUUCGUUAACGGUUGUGACGCUUCAAUUCUUCUUGAUCAAACAUCUACUAUUGACAGUGAAAAGACCGCUCGUGCUAAUAACAAUUCUGCAAGAGGAUUUGAGGUGAUUGAUAGAAUUAAGUCAGAAGUUGAUAAAGUUUGUGGACGUCCAGUUAUAUCUUGUGCAGACAUCUUGGCUGUUGCAGCUCGUGACUCCGUUGUUGCUUUACAUGGACCAACAUGGGAAGUGGAACUAGGAAGAAGGGAUUCGACUACAGCAAGUAGAACUACUGCCAAUAAUGACAUUCCAACACCGUUGAUGGACUUACCUGCACUUAUUGACAAUUUUAAGAAGCAAGGUUUGGAUGAGGAAGACCUCGUGGCUCUCUCCGGUGGCCACACACUAGGGUUUGCUCAGUGUUUCACCUUCAGGAAUCGCAUCUAUAAUGAGACUAACAACAUCGACUCUACCUUUGCAAGUCAACGUCAAGCAAAUUGUCCGCGAAGUGGUGGUGAUUCCAAUCUUGCUUCCCUAGAUCCUACAUCUGCUCUUUUCGACUCAAAAUAUUUUAGUAACUUGGUGUCCAAGAAAGGGCUUUUGCAUUCUGAUCAAGCACUCUUUAGCGGAGGAGAGACUGAUGAGCUUGUUAAAACCUAUAGUACGAACUUAAGAACUUUUUCAAAAGAUUUUGCUAAGUCUAUGAUUAAAAUGGGUAAUAUCAAGCCGCUGACCGGAAAUGAAGGCCAAAUUCGUAUCGAUUGCAGGAGGGUGAACUAAUGUUGCUAAUGAAAUCAAGCUGUGUGUUUCAAUAAUUUGAUUAUUUUCAAUUUUAAUUGUGAUUUUUAUUCAUUUUGUAACCGUUGUUGUUUUUUUUACCUACAAAAAUAAGUUUAUUGUGAACAGAGAGUUGUAUGGUGAUUUGUUUUUUUCGAAGAAAUUGGAUUAUGCAGUUCUAAGCUGUCCAGAAAUUAAA